UCUGCCGUUCGCGGAUCUGCCGAUUGUAUAAAUAGUUUGCAGCGCCCAACAGUCGGACAGAAGCGAUUCAAAGCUUGUGUUGUAGACAUCAUGAAAUUCCUGGCUGUUUUCUUUGCCGUCGUGGCCUGCGCCUAUGGCGAUGUCUCCCAUCUGGGUUACGACUACUCUCCCCCGGCACCCGUCCAGGUGUACCAGCCAGCUCCAGCUCCGGUCUACCAGCCAGCUCCAGCUCCGGUCUACCAGUCCGCCCCAGCACCCAUCGAGAUCCAAGCUCCAGUUGAGAUCCAGGCUCCAGUUGAGAUCCAGGCACCCAUUGAGAUCCAGGCUCCUGCUCCAGUCAACAGCUACAUUCCCCCAGCAGCACCAGCACCAGUUGUGAUCCAGGCACCCGCUCCGGUCUACCAGCCAGCUCCUGCCCCAGCACCCAUCCGCAUCUCGGCUCCCGUCGCGAUCCCAGCCCCCGCGCCCGUGCAGUCUUACAUUCCUCCCGCACCAAUCUCGAUCCCAGCACCAGCUCCCGCUCCAGUGUACCAGCCAACAAGCCAGCAGGUGCUCGAGGAGAUCGAGCCCCAGUCUGCCGAUGGCUACCGCUACAAGACCGUCCGUCGUCGCGUCUACCGUCGCCGCGUCUAAGUGCAGAGCCUCAACCCAAGCCAAAGCGAAGCGAAUCGCAUCGAAAUGUUUCCUAACGAACUCCCCAGGGAGUUUGCAAUAAAGAAUUCCUCCUUCAACUUGUUAAACAAAAAGAAACGAAUC